AUGGUGCACAAGGUGCCUAUAAAUAGAGAACCAGUCUUAAUGCUCCCUCGUUGUAGUUUCUGCAUCAAGAUACAACGGAUAUCCUUGGUAAUUAAGCCAUUAUUGUAUUUUGAGAUGGCAAGCUCAAGAGUGAUAAGUUUUGCAUUCUUGGUUUUGCUUCUUGUGGAGCUUUCCUCUGCUGCAAGACUUUUCUACGGCAGAGGAGGAGGUGGAGGUGGUGGAGGUGGUGGAGGAAGUGGUUUUGGCAACUUUGGAAUUGGCUCUGGUUAUGGCUCUGGAUAUGGGUCUGGAUAUGGUUCAGGGUAUGGUGCAGAAGGAGGAGGAUAUGGUAGUGGAGGGGGUGGUGGAGGUGGAGGUGGAGGCGGAGGUGGCUCUGGUUAUGGAUCUGGAUCUGGUAAUGGCUGGGGAUAUGGGUCUGGAAGCGGUUCAGGGUACGGAUCUGGUGGAGGCUAUGGUAAGGGAGGUGGUGGUGGAGGAGGAGGCGGUAGAGGAGGCGGAGGAGGUGGUGGCUCUGGAUAUGGGUCAGGUAGCGGCAGUGGUUCAGGUUAUGGCUAUGGUUCUGGAAGUGGCAGUGGUGAAGGAGGUGGAGGUGGAGGUGGAAGUGGCAGUGGUGAAGGAGGUGGAGGUGGAGGGUAUGGAUCGGGAUAUGGCGGUGGUGGCUGGAACUACCCUUGGCCUUGA